GCUCCUCGCCUGAGGGGAGAGAAGCGGGCGGUGAGCGCGGCGGGACGGCCCCCUCGCCCCGCCGCCCCGCACCGUGCCGCCCCGCCGCGGGGCCGCGGCCCAGGAUGCCGUCGAUGAAGUAGGAGUUUCAGGAAACAGAAUUUGAGCCACUGAAUUUCUUCUGGCCUCAGGAAUGUCCAUCAGAACCUCAUAGAGGAACGUGUUGUGUGUGCAACACCUGCGUAACCCUCCUUCCCGUGCAUCUCUGUGCCCAGAGAGAAGAUCCUAAAUCUUGGAGACCAGACGGUGGAACUCCAGUGAGAUCUCCCAAAGCCAAAAGCGACCGUGUUUUACUGCUACUUAGUUCCGAACAAACCAAAUCCCAGAACACCCAAACCAGCAGAUAAAGCCUCGUUAACACCUUGCUAGUUUAGCAACAGCCAUAGAACGCAGGCUGAUUUUUGUGGAAAGUAUUUUUCUGCAAUGUCCUCAGCAGAGCUCUUUAUCAGAAAGCUAUUUUUCUUCCCUCAGAUGCGUUUUGCGAGUGCUUUCUCUUUUGAAAUUGAGGUGAAAAUAGUAUUUAUCACUAAUGGCUGGAUGAGGUGGUUAGUCCUAUUUUGAGUUUUUGCACAUCGCUACAAGGUGCUUCAUUCCAUUAGGUUAGUUUUCUAGCAUUCUCUUUAUGAUUGGGUGAAUCAUACUAUUCCUGGAACCUUUCAAGGAUGAAUAUAUUUUAGCCAUUCUUUCUCAGAUACAAUUUAAUCUUCCUUUUCUGUUUGGAUUUUCUGGGAUGGCUUCAGGCAAGUCCCAUUUAUACUGCUGGUUAGACUUCUGAUAUAGUAUCUUGGAGCUGUAUUGUGUCUUAUUGUGAGCUGGAGAACCUGUUUCAUACUUGCUGCCCAACGUCAUUGAAAAAUGCCCUGAAAAAGCGUGAUCUGAGCGAUAUUUUCAUAAUUUUGUGUUUAACCAACCUUGCUGCUACUGCUUUCUUGCUUUUCUUUGGCCCCCAAAGUAAAAUGUGAGGGAUAAAUUAUGAAGUUUUCCUUGUUUGAAAGUGUUGGAAGGAUGAAAGGCGGUGUAUGUGUGUAUUUAGAGAUGACAGCAGGGUUGUAACUUUGGGAGGGUCCUGAUACAUGCUGUGUUUGAAAUGUUUCUUAGUUUGUUUUAAGGGCACAUCAUGAGUGUCAGCAUUCUUUAUAGAGCCUCAUUAAAAUAUAGUUUCUUAUUUAAAGAUUAAUACUUAGACUUUUAAAGCAAAGCCUGUCCAUAAUUGCAUCACAACAAAGUUAUGAGAUGGAAUACUUGCCAGGGUUAACAGGAGAAACUUCUUGAAUAUCCAAGGAGGUGGUUUACCAGCUUAGCAUGGAUCUUCGUUGGCUUGAAGAUGAUGACCGCUGCCUUAGAGACAUCAGCACAGAACUUGAAUAAAGCAGAAGCCGCUCUGAGGAGAGCUCUGAGUCACCUUGAUGCCUUAGGGACUAGAUCCUGAAGGGUGCUGAGCAUCUUUAAUGCCAAGGAAAUGCCUUCUACCAGAUGUUAGAUGUUGUUCUUCAGUAUCGACUGGUCCUCCAGGGUUCCUUUACGCAGAUGGAGAAUGGAUACUCAAUUCUUCCCAAGCACGGCAGUGCUAUGACUAGUUCAACUCACGUGUUUGCAAACAGGGAUCAAAGACACAACACCUCAAAGAAGAGUUGCUGAAGUUUUUCACCGGGAGGUGUUACUGAGCCAUCCUGUCUGCACUGAAGGUCAGCACUCUGUCCUCUGAGCCCUCUGCUGUGGUGACACCUGGGUGAUCACUGGGACCCCGUCUUGUUUCUUGAAAUCAGCAGCAGAAGCAAAGGUGCUCCUCUCGACCUUGCUCUGUUUACCCUGUUGAAAGGGUCACAUGCACAGUGAGCAGAGCUGCGCAGAGCCACCUUCAUGCCUGUAAGCAAGCAACCUCUGUUUUCCUGUGGCAACAAGGUCAUUUCACAGCAAACUGCUCCCAGCAGAGAAAUGCAGGCAAAUGAAUAUGCUUGUGUGCUUCCAGGGGUUUUUGCAAACCAGACUCUGGCUUAGAGCAGCAAGGUGAGCAGGAGGCAGCCCCUGCGGCGCAGGGUGAAGGGCUCAUUUCGGAGGAGGUGGCUGGAGAAACGCGGAGCAGCAGCUGCCUGCUGGCUGGGAGGAAAGGGGUGAGCCUCGGCAUGGACAUAGCUUGUCCUGGCACUUGUACACUGCUGGUGGGAACAGAAAGCAGCAGAAUGAGGACCACGUUGUUGUGUCCAAGUCAUUUUAGGUGUCUUUGUUCACUUUCGGAAGCAUUUUUUUUACCUUCUUGAUGCCCCUGAAAUGCUUUCUCCCUCACUACAUCAGCAACACAGGUGCUUUCUGGAAGCAGGCCAUGUAAUGCCUAAUGCAUUCUCCCCAGGGCCUGGAUUGGAGUGAUUUUGGUUGCUGAAAUGCUUCAGGCUUUCAAGUGAAUGCUGCAUGCGAGUCUGGGGUCUGCGUCUUCUCCAUGUCUGCUCAGUGGGCAGACUUGCCUCUGAAGCUCUAAGCUUUUUUGUCCCUUGCUACUGUCAGCACCGUCAUUCUUUGGGAUGUGAUGGCCUAGUGCUGCUUUUGACCAGGUGCAGAUGUAGGUGUUGUGAAGGGUUUGUUUGCAGCUUUGCUGUAGAGGUUGUGUGGGGAUCUGUGACAGCAGGGGCCACUUCCCUUUGCUGGGGAUGAAAUGUAAGUGCUCUCGUUAUCAAACGUGCAGCAUGUUCUCACUGAACAGAGGCUAUGUCUGCUGGGAAGUUGAAAGGCAUUGAGUUUGCAUUAGACAAGUAAACUUGCAGUACGAAUUCUCCCUGUCUGAGAUCCCUGCAGCCUUCAUGAUGCGGUCCUCUGAGCCAGGACUGUCAUGUACUACAUGGCUGUGCAGCUUAUCACACAGGGCUCUGGCUCAGCUGAUGUCUCUAGGUACCAGCGUGAAAUAAAUAUUAAUAACGCAGGAGCCUCCCUGCAUACCACGCUGCAGUUUCAGGCCCUCUUAUUGAUGCUUCUUUGUAGCUGGAGAAAUGGUUGCAAAAUCAUCUUUUAAAUACGUCUAGAGCUGAGAGUGAAAGGGACCAGAAAGGUCAGCUGAAAUAAUUACAGACAGAGGGGGACUGUCAUUUGAGACAAUAUUAAGCAAGAUAAGCCCCACUUAAUUCUUAGAGCAGGCUAAUGAACAGGGCUGUGACAGAAGGAUGUGUAAUAAUGAAUGGCAAAGAGAGGGUUAGUGGGGUUAUUCCCCACUGUGUGUAUUUGCAGCAUACAAAAGGGAUGCAGAAUGAAACUCACAGGCAACAAACUUGAAGAGGAUAAAUGGAUUCUUUUUACACUCUGUGCAAAGCUUAACCUUGUAGACCUUGCUUCCUCAACAUCCCGCGUUGUUACGAGAUGCACAGGGAUACAGAAGCGGUGAGGAUUUUACAUGGUGCACUAUUUAAAUCAGUUCAGUUCAUUUAAAAGCAAUGUUAGUAGAAAGAAUAGGAAGCUUUGCUUCAAGUGCGGAAGCAAGCAACUUCCUUCAAAAACCUUGCAGAACAUGAAGUGAAGACUACACUAAGCAGAACAUCCAGCUUUCCAAACUGUUUUGUCUUGUACACUUGGGAAGAAGAGGUGCUAAGCAGGGUAAAGGUUGAUAAGACUGGUUAAACUAUGAGCUCUGAAAUGGCUGUGUAGGUUCAAAAGACUGGAUUCUACAUUUUUUGUUCCCAGGUUUUUCCUUGGAAUCAGUUAGUUUGAGAAAGCAAGCUCACUGUCUUCUUCUGAUAUAGAAGUUGCCGUACUCUUUUCAGCAGAGGAGAUAGCUCCUAUCUAAUGGAGAGUGAGUUUGGUUGUUUGUAUUUGGGAUAUAGAUGAUGACAUUUUGAUUCCUGAUGCAAAAAAAAAAACAAAAAAACCAGGAGCUGCCUUUCCUUUAGCUCUGCUCACUUGGCGGAGUUGCCAGAAUUCACCCUUGUCCAUGUUGGAAAGGAGCUGUUUGGAAAAUCUUUGCUGAAAGCUGCUCUAGGAGCUCUUCUGCGUUUAUGAUUGUCAUGGCACUUGAUGUUUGUUUUUGCUUUCUAGGCCUUGCUAGAAGAUUCUCAUCACCAGAACAAAAGUGAUGGAAGCAUUUAACGCAUGCCAUUUUUCAUCUUUAGAUAUUAGUGGAAGUAGGAUAAAUGACUGCAAAUUUAACUUUGUUCUAAAGUCGAUUACAUCUCUUUUGCACGCUUGAUCUUAUCUGUGGGGAUUUCAGUCAUGCAUAUGAUCGAGUUAUCUAACGGCACGGAGUUGUACCUGCGGCUCUGGAGCCCGAAAGAACUGGAUAGCGUUGGUGCUAACCUGGUGAAGUAGAGAUGAAUUUCAUGUUAACGGACUAAAGUAGGUCGAGUUACUUGAUGUGGUUUGUGUCAGCUUCUGCAAACCCAGGACUAGAUUCUGGCCUGGGUUACAUUAGCGCUGGCUCCAUUCAGUAGAUAGCAGUAUUCAUUUGGGCAGAAAAAAAAACCCCGUUGUUUCAGCUGUAAGUCCCUUUAGGUGAUGAUUUUCUUGUGUUCAGCAACACGGACUGGCAGCAUGAGGCCUCCUGGACAGCUGGCUGCUGUAUGUGGCAAGUAACUGCAGGCAGGAACCUGGUGCUCUUGGGAGGGUCACUGGCAUCUCCAGCUUGGUGUGAGCUGCUUGCGGCUCAGGAGCUGCUCACAGCUCCCAUGCCUGUGCUGUGGCUAGAGCAGCAGCUAGCGUGUAAGGAGGGCUGUACGCCCUGCCCGAAUGCUGCAUUAACCUUAUUCCUCUCUUCUGGGAUGCGUUUUGUGGUGGCAGUCAGAACCAUUGGCACAUCUGGUGAAUUCAGCCCCUGGAGUGUUUGGUACUAAAUUAUUUCCAGUCGUGUAACGCCUCUGUGUUACAUGCAAAUAAUCUGUAAGCCAGCAGUUUAUUUAGCUUCAUGCCAUUAAUACAAUUAAAUUUGAGACAGCGAUCACUAAUCACUGCAUGGCAUCAUAGGAAUGCCUGGGCACUUUGCUGCAAUAGAAAGUUUAAUUUCUCAGAGAGGGUUUGGGCACAUCCAAUAAAACUGAAUCCCGUUCCUCUGGGGACUUCUGAUUCAAUCGCAGAAAUCCGUGUGUAAGCCAGUCAAGAACUUGGUCCUUCUAGCUUACACUGAGUGAGAAAGUACAGCUGUGGGAGUGGAGUAUUUUAGAACUAAAUUUUGGUCAGUCAGACUCCUUCAGUCCCACAGAGACCUUUGAACAGAAAUUUGUUUUUUUUUUUUAUAGCUUUCUUUUAUUUUUCCUUCCCUUUUGUAAGGGGGAAAUAUUCCCACUGGUGCUCAGGAAAAUAAAUGAGGAACCAGAAAUGCCCAUUGUGGCAGCCAGUCCUGCUUAGCUCUGAGCGUGGGCAUCUAUUGAGUGAAGAAGGAAACAGAAAUGACAGCAGUGUUUGUUUUGCACUCAGCUGCUUUAUACAGAGGACCAGGGGGAAUUCAGUGUGCUGCCACCGCUGGCCAUUUUAAUUUUCAAAUGCAGCUGAACAAAGAAUGUUGAUCAUCAUUCUUGCUACCAUUCUUAUUAAAUAUGGCUCAAAUCAAAGGACUUGGGUUGGCAUCUCAUUAUUAAGAUCGUGGCAUUGGAAACCACUUUCCUCUCCUGGUUUUGGACCUUUUGCUGCAUGCAAGUUGUGUCACCUCUAGCAGCCACUGCACAGAACAUGCAUCCAAUCCAUCUGGUAGUGCAAAGAGCAGAGGGACUCAGAAUAACCAGGGCAUUAUUUACCUUUCUGAAUAGGAUAUGGAGUGACUUUCUUGCCUCGUUACAGCGGCUCGAGCACUUACACAAACUUGUUAAGCUGCUUAGAGAGAGGAUUGUUUGUCCAGGUAAUGCUGCUUUCAGCACGUUACGCUGCAAGGAAAGCAGAUGCUUGACUUCAUGGAAUUUGGGGAUUUCUGGAGAAAUCACCUUUGGGAGAAAUUCAAAUAAAUAAUGGAGGGCUUCUGAUUUCUUCCCUUCCCCGCCUUUGUUCUCUCUAUGCAGAUGGGUCUAUACGGCACUAAUAAGGAAGUCAUUUAAUUAUGUAAAGCUGCUCCAGGUAAAUGUUAUUUACAGAUGGCUGAAAAAUUUUGAAUUAUACUCAUUUGCUAAGUAUAGCCUCACUCUCGGUGCAGAGAUGUUGUUAAUCAUCUUCAAGGUAAGCUGCAGAUUGUAUACUCCUCUUUGCAGCUUUCUGCCCAUUUUGAGUGUUUACUUUCUUUGUGAUUUUUAAAUGGUAACCCUGCAGGCGCUGUGCACAUAAUUGAAGUAAGCAAUCUGCUUGUUUAUCCCUGUUUCCAUUAAUUAAAUAUGUGCAAGCUAAAUUUCCUACUGAAAAACAUGAGAUGACAUGCAUGGGGCCAAAGCUGCGUUCUGUCAGGAGGCUGAGCUGCCAGCCUUGGAGAGGUGUCCAGAGCAGGGCCAGCCCCAUGUCUGCAGCCCUCCCAGCUCAAGCUGGACAGUGAGUGUGUGGGAAAUGCAUCACACUGGAGGAGUAACCCAAGAAGCCCCAUUUUUUGCCAGUAUCUGUAUGAGCCCCCCUGUCCUCUGGGCUUGCUGCAGGAGGAUGGACUGGAAUGCAAAUGCAUGUGAAGCUGCGGCCUUGUCCCAGGGCAGUGUGAAAGAGUGCUUCAGCAGUUCCAUCCUCUGAGCUCAGAGCUGCCCUGCUGUGGCUCCUGGAUGCUCUUCUGUAGGCAGAUAGGUUUCAUUUCUCCACUUUCUCAUUGCUGCCCCAGUGGCUUGAAUCUUCACUUUCAUAAAUGCCAAAGCUGCUAACAGAAUAGUUACUCCUGCCCUACAGCAGCACAGUAAGGCCCAGAGGUGCUGUUAUUUGCCGAAGCAUCUCUGUGGUCCUCAAAGACAACUUCAUUCAGAAGAGGCCCGACUCUGCGAUGACCGCACACUGGAAAUGGCCGAGCGAUCAGCUGUCAGGAUCAGCCAACAGUCUGCCAAGAAUGAACUUCUUAGGGAGGAAAUUGAGGAGAUCUUCAUGUUACAGGAAAGAGCAAACUGUUUUCAGCCUGCUCAAAAAUAAGAAGAAAGGAGAGGGAAUAGGCUGUGCUCCAGGUGUGAAGAAUGGUGGGUAAGUGGAGAAUCUCCUAAAGGAACUGGUCAGUGAAAGCUGAGUUCUGGUGAAAGUCCUGGGGCAAUUGUAAGUAAAAGCUUUAGAACCAGAAGAAACCUAUGCUGAUUUUUGAAGCUCUUCUGUUGCAGCCAGGCUGAACACAUAACCCCAAGGGCAGCAGUCCACAAGGGAAAUAUGAAGGGAAAAUUCAUACCACCUAUUAUCAUCUGUGGUGUAAGUGGCAGGGGCAGCAGUUGCAGCAGAAAUUAGGUGUAUCCCAGUGCACAGGAGGAUCUGCCUCCCAUACUCCUGUGGGAAGGGGUAAGUGAACUUACUGUGAGGCACUAGAAAUUGAUAGACCUGACUGUUGCAAAUUCAGUCAGCAUUCUGCCUCACUGUCAACAGUGUGGAGGCAGAUAAAAACUGUGCAGGGUGGAGAGGACCACGAGCAGAGCUGCUUUCCUUUACUGUGGGCUCGGAGCCCGCCCUGUCUAGGUGUAAAGAGGGGUCCAGCCUGUGUAGGAGACCUUGCUGUCCCCGGGCAGAGCUGGGCCCAAGCACUGUGUCUGAUCUGCCAACAGAAGCAGCUGAGCAUGUACCUAUGUGUCUUGUGAGAUCAGGGCCCACCGCUUUGCUGAAGGGGAUAGAUAAGUGGUUCUUCAAGGCUAACGGCAUCUUCUGUGUGUAUAUACACUGUAGUCUCACUGCGAUCCUCUGACAUCCCCCCGGUGUCGGGCUGGCCUUGCACCCGCUCGCAGCGCUGAGCGAUCUCAUGCAGCUCCCUGCCCAGCCCACACUCGCAUCCCUCUUGCAUCCCUCUGCUGCUCUGAAUCAUUCUUCUUCCUCUUGGUUGUUGCUUGCCUGCAGUGAUGGGUGUGUGCCCUUUUGCUCGCUGGGAGGCUGGCAGUAAAUCAUGUGUUGGCUUUUUUUCCAUUUUACAUCCAGGAGCAGCUACUUUGAUUAGUUCGGAGCGGAAUAAAAGACCUAUAAAUGGGGAGAAUCCUGGAGAUGUCCUGGGAGAGGGGAGCUGGUGCCCUUAGAAUAGCUGCAUGGAUGAAACAGAGGAUGAAAAAGCUUGAACGCAAAUGCCCCGAUAAUAAACACAAGUGUGUUUAUUGCCAUGCAUUAAAGUAAUGGUGCUGGUCCACCUGAGAAGGAGAUGCUUCCUUAUGGUCCGACGCAGGCAGUUAGGUUCCAUGUAAGAUUUCUCUACCUGUGGACGAGGAUGUGAAACGAGGCUUAACGCUGAUGAUGGUUAUUUUCACCACACUCCUCCCCUGCUCUGAAACUCCAUUUCAUUUUCAUCUGAAACAACAUUUUUCUUUUCCUUUUGCCAACUGACCUGGAAAAUCCAUUGUUCAACUGAAUCUACGCUACCCCAAAUAUGGAGCUUCUGUCCAGAGAAGUAAUUUGUUUUUUUGCCAUCAGUCCAUUUGUUAUUCCCCUUCUCUUCAUUGUUAUGACUCGCUCUGUUCUGUGACCUGCAAUGCAAUAAUCUGAGCAGAACAGAAAUGCAAAAUGGGAAGAUUUUUACGACCCGAUUUAAAACUUCUUUUGUUUGCUGCAAACACAAAGAAGGAAACAAAGCGCUGUAUUAAUUUCUUCUUUUCUAGAAGCACCAGCAAAAAAAUGGAGACAGGAAAGAGAAUAUGUAAUAGAAAAACAUAAAGCUCAACAUCGGUACUUGUUGAUUUCUAGGUUUUAUUUCCUUUUUAUUUUUUAAACUAGGAUUUUCAAACCAUCCACUUGCAGAAAUUUGCAUUUUAUGAGGGAAAAGUUACAAAAUGUGAUGAGAUCAUUUUAGGUAACUUACCUCUUUUUCCUCGGCUUGUGGCAUCUAAAACUAACCGUGCUUGUCAUCUUCUCAGUAAUUUCUUAUCGCUGAAGUUAAAGUAUAAUCUAAGCUUGCACCAAAUGAGCUGUUCCGAGAUGAGUUUGCCAAACUCUGUAUUGCAGUGGGACUCCUGCAAUUACAAUAAGAUGCUGCCAAAGAAGAAUGAUCUGUGGAAUACAAGUGAAUCCAGUGCUGACGAGCAUCCCGAAGUCCCACAGGAGCUGCCAAAGAAAGUGAAAGAUGAAGCCUCUUGUUGUCUUGGCUCUCGUGAUCUGUGCUGUAGUCAGCAUGAAUUUGAAGCUCGUGUCGAAGAGAAAUUCUGUUGAUGGUUGCAUUGACUGGUCAGUGGAUCUCAAGACAUACAUGGCUUUGGCAGGUGAACCAGUCCGAGUGAAAUGUGCCCUUUUCUACAGCUAUAUCAGAACUAAUUAUAGCAUGGCCCAAAGCACAGGUCUUAGGCUGAUGUGGUACAAAAACAAAGGAGACUUAGAAGAACCCAUUAUAUUUUCUGAAGUUAGAAUGAGCAAGGAUGAAGAUUCAAUAUGGUUUCACUCGGUUGACUUGCAAGACAGUGGUUUCUACACAUGUGUUCUAAGAAACUCAACGUAUUGCAUGAAGGUGUCCAUGUCCUUGACGGUAGCUGAGAAUGAAUCCGGGCUUUGCUACAACAGCAAGAUCAGAUAUCUGGAAAAAUCAGAAGUUACCAAGCGGAAGACAAUCUCCUGUCCUGAUAUUGAGGAUUACAAAACAUCCAGUCAAGAACCAGAUGUUGUAUGGUACAAGGAAUGUAAGCCAAAAAUGUGGAGAAGCGUUGUAAUUCAGAAGGGAAAUAUGCUUUUAAUACAAGAGGUCCAGGAGGAAGAUGGAGGAAAUUAUACCUGUGAACUGAAGUUUGAAGGCAAGCUUAUACGAAGAACAGUUGAACUGAAGGUUACCGCUUUACUCACAGACAAGCCUCCAAAGCCAUUGUUCCCCAUGGAGAACCAGCCAACUGUUAUAGAUGUCCAGCUGGACCAUGUGUUCACUUGUGAGGAUGGUAUCUUAAAGCACAAAGCCGCAGGUGCCCUUGCAGCACGGGCAGCAGGGAGGUUACUCCAAGGCAACCCGCUGACCGUGGCCUGCAAAGCUUUCUUUGGAUUCAGUGGAGAAUCUGGCCCCAUGAUCUAUUGGAUGAAAGGGGAAAAAUUCAUAGAAGAAUUAGAAGGUCACAUUAGAGAAGGCGAAAUCAGACUCCUCAGAGAACAUCUUGGAGAAAAAGAAGUGGAGUUGACAUUGAUCUUUGAUGCUGUAGAGGAGGCAGAUCUGGCUAACUACACGUGUCACGUGGAAAACAGAAAUGGACGGAAACAUGCCAGCAUUCUUCUGCGCAAGAAAGAUUUGAUCUACAAAAUAGAGCUUGCUGGAGGAUUGGGAGCCAUCCUUCUUCUGCUUAUUUUGCUUGUGACCAUCUAUAAGUGCUACAACAUAGAGUUAAUGCUGUUCUACAGACAGAACUUUGGAGGAGACGAAGCAGCAGACGACAACAAGGAAUAUGAUGCGUAUCUUUCAUACACCAAAGUGGAUCCUGAUGCACUGGAUUGUGAUCAUAACGAAGAGGAGCAGUUUGCGCUUGAAAUUCUGCCAGAUGUUCUAGAAAAGCACUAUGGAUAUAAGCUCUUCAUUCCAGAUAGGGACCUGAUCCCUAGUGGAACCUACAUUGAAGAUCUCACAAGAUGUGUUGAGCAAAGCAGAAGACUCAUUAUCGUGUUAACUCCAGACUAUAUUCUCAGGAGAGGAUGGAGUAUUUUUGAGAUGGAAAACAGACUCCAUAACAUGCUAGUCAGUGGUGAAAUCAAAGUUAUUUUGAUUGAGUGUACUGAAUUAAAAGGGAAAGUGAACUAUCACGAAGUGGAAUCUUUAAAGCACACCAUCAAACUUCUCUCAGUGGUCAAGUGGAAAGGACCAAAAAGCAGCAAACUGAAUUCUAAGUUUUGGAAGCGCCUAGUCUUUGAAAUGCCAGGGAAGAAGAAGGAGGUGGUGUCUCGGCGUCAGGUCCUGGAUUCUGCGGAGCAGGGCCUUUUUGGAGACCUCCAGACUGUACCCUCUCUUGCCGUCACAGGCACUUCUGCCACGUUGGUAGAAUCGCGGGCUGAUCUAACUGAUUGCCAUCAAGCAGAUUCUGUGCAAAUGAGACAUUAUUGCAGAGGAUACGAAUAUGAUGUGUCAGCAGCGACAUUGCCAAUAGCUUCCAUAAGCAACCAUCAUACAUACUGUAACAUACCUUUGACACUACUAAAUGGACAGCUACCUCUUAACAAUACCGUGAAGGAUUCCCAGGAGUUUCACAGGAACAACCCAUUGCUACCUUUAUCAGCAAGGGAGCUUAGCUUCACCAGUGAUAUUUGGUAGUGAAGAUCAGGACACUUUUGAGAUGUUUCAUGACUGCCACGAAGACGCAUUUUUAAAGAACUUUGCCCAAACCCCAUGGGGCAUCAGAUCAUAUUUGAAGCAGCGGCACACUUAUUUGCUUUUCUACUUGAACUUUUUUGUUUACAUUUACAAAUUAUUGACAAAGGGGACAUUCUUUUGUAAGUCAGUGAUGUCCUUCCUGUCUUUUAAUGUACAGCUUGAUUGCUUCUUCAAAAAAGGGGGAGAGAAAAAGCACAUCCCAUCGUUCUACUGUAGGUUUACAAUCUGGGAUGGAUACGAGUUCAUUGUAUAUGAUCUCCAGCAUUCAUAUUUAUGUAAUAGUAUUUCAAAUACGCAGAAGUUGUUGGGUUUUUCAUACAAACUUCAGUACAGUUUGAAAUUCUAGUAUCGUUAUCAUGCUACAAAAGUGAUUAUCUCCUGCACAGACCACAAGGGGUGAAUCGUUCUCAAUAGGAAGGAGGAGGAAAUCUUCCCGGUAACAUUGUCUCUCAGAUGCAUUUUAGAAGAUGACCAGCUGAAACAAUGCAGAUGAAGCUUUACCAAUAAAGUGCAUAGUAACACUUACUGCAGAAUAAAUCACCUGCUUGCAUCAGCAUCUCUUCAUUUCUUUGUUGAGGCAUGUUGCAUUCCCAGUGAAUGGUUAGCGAUGUGUUUUUGUUAAACAACUUAUUAGGGUAUUGGAAGAUGUUUAGCAGGAUUUAAAACAACUUUUCUGUGAUUAAUAGAUUAUUUCAGAAUUAUUUUUGCAGGUUUUUAAUGACAUUUUAAAAUCUGAUUUAAGUAUAAAUUUGUCUGUUGGUGAAUUCAUUGAUUUGAAAUUUCUUAAGAUCUCCUGAGCUGUUUUAAGGUUUGUAGAAAGGCAAUGUAAUUUUACGUGCUACUUUUUUUUCAAAAUCAAUAGUUAAAAUUUCAGAUUAACCUUUUUCUGAGAACAUCAGCAAUAGAAAAUCAUUACUGCAGCAAUAUUCAGAGAUGAAGUGCUGAAUUAUCCAGGUUUACUAGUAAACUGACUUCAAAUGCAGUGGAGUGAUAAUCACCUGAGGCAGUUCUCUCUCUAUCUACCUGACAAUUUAUGUCCUUUUUAUAUAUGGCUGAAGCAGGAAUAUUUCCACUCUGUGCAACUAAUGAAAAGUGAUAUUUUUAAGGAGCUGGUAAAGUCUUGCAUUUCUUCCAUUUCUUAUGUACACGAUCCCAUCAGUCAAAUGAGGAUACUCUCUUUUAUCUUCCAUGGAAAGCACUGAGUCUGAGUUUUCCUCAUGUUUUAUGAGGAUUUCCAGACUCAGCUGACCAUGGGUUGCAGUCAGACCAUGGAGACAGCCGUACUCAUGGAAGAAGCUCUAAGUAGCAAAGGCAGAAGCCUUUGGCACAGCUUUAAUGAAAACACUGUAGGCUUCAGAGUUUUGUCUCAGUAAGAUCUGCUAGAGCAAGUUCCCAAAAAUGUUUUUUACAGCAGGCAAUCUUGCCUAUAUUUCAGUAUGUUUUUUGCAUUGUCCUCUUUGAUUGCAUGAAUAAAAGUUAGCACUCUGCACUCAGCUGCCUGUGGCUCCGUCAGCAAACAAGUUCAGUCAAUCCUUAACAUUUAGCAGUGGUUCCUAAAUUGUACCCUACAGUCAAAGUGAAAACAAACACUGACAUAAGACUUGAAAGUAUCCAGAAUUGGCCCAAAGGCCAUGAGAACGAUCUCAAACAUGCAAUAAUUCAUAGAGGUCGAUACUUUUCCAUUGCUUCUUUUCCCAGUGCUUUAUUCUGUGCCCUCUUACAGCAGCUAUUAUCUGUAGACCUCUCCUUAGGUUCUAGAAAAUACAUUUCUCGUGUUGCUUUUUCCAGUAUUGUUAUUAUGCAUUUGACACUAACACUGCAACAGUUCUCUUGGAAAGAUACUAAUUUAUUACACCGUAUAGGACUAUAACUUGCUCUUUUGUGAAGUUCAGAACAUAUAGAUAGGUGUUUGAUAGACAUAUUUUUCUACUGAGAAAGAAAGUGAUUUUACCUCCAGUAUAAAUAUAUGUAUUUCAACCUCCUUCCAGAAAUCUAUGAAAUUUGCACUGUUUUAUAAGUGUUACAGACUGUGUUUACACUGGCUAUGUCCUUUAAUGCAAAGUGUAAUUCUGAAAAAGAAAAAAAAAAAA